GGAGACAGGAUGGAAUCGGGAUGGGGCCGGGAUGGAACCGGGGAUGGAGCCAGGCCCCCCCUGCUCACACCGGCAGCGCUGAGGCGGAGGAGGAGCAGCCAGGAAGCGCCUGCCAUGGCCCCGCUGGGCGAGGAGACGCCGCUGAUCGGGGGCCGCUCCUGCAGCCUCUCGUCGGCCGAGAGCGGCACCCUGCAGGUGUUCCUGUACCACCGGGCCCCCGCCCCGCACCGGGCCCCGGGCAGCGCCGCAGGCACGCUCAGCUUCACCUUCGGCGAGUACACGGCCGAGGAGCUCUGCGUGUGCGCUGCCAAAGCCUGCGGCGUGCUGCCCGUGUGCCACCCGCUCUUCGCCCUGGCCACAGAGGACCUGAGCUGCUGGUUCCCCCCCAACCAUGUGUUCACCGUGGACGAGUCCUGCAGCCAGGUCGUGGUGUACAGGAUCAGGUUCUUCUUCCCCAACUGGUGCGGACUGGGACAGUCCCACCGCUUCCAGCUGCUGAACGGCAGGGCCAGCCCCGUCCUGGAUUAUCCCGUCAUUGAUUACCUGUUUGCCCAGUCCCGCAGUGAUUUCAUCGGGGGCCGCAUGGCCGUGGGGCUGAGCCUGCCCACGCAGGAGCAGUGCCUGAGCCUGGCCGUGCUGGACAUGCUGCGCAUCGCCAAGGAGCAGCGGCAGAGCCCCACGCAGGUCUGCAGCCACGUCAGCUACAAGUCGUGCCUGCCGGCGCCGCUGCGCUCGCAGAUCCAGCAGCACAACUUCGUGACCCGAAAGCGCCUCCGCCGCCGCUUCGGCAAAUCCCUGCGGCGCCUGGGGGGCUGCGAGCCGGACGCGCCGCACCUGAAGCUCAAGUACCUGCUGGACCUGGAGCGGCUCCAGCGCGGCCGCAGCGAGGAGAUUUUCCAUGUGCGCUGCCCCGGCUCCGCGGCACCCGUCACCAUCCACGUGUGCGGCGACAGCGGCGUGGCCUGGAGCUGCGGCGGCUCCGAGAGCCGCCAGCACUUCUGCGACUUCCCCGACAUCGCCGACAUCAGCAUCAAGCAGGCGGCGAGUCGCGAUGGUGGUGGCCCCGUGGAGAACCGGCUGGUCACCGUCACCAAGGUGGACAACCGGGUGCUGGAGGUGGAGUUCGCCACGCUGCGGGAGGCUCGCUCCUUCGUGGCUCUGCUCGAUGGUUACUACCGGCUGACGGCGGAUGCCCAGCACUACUUCUGCAGGGAGGUGGCACCGCCGCGGCUGCUGGAGGACCUGGAGAACCAGUGCCACGGGCCUAUCAGCGCCGAGUUUGCCGUGAACAAGCUGGAGGCGGCCGGGGGUGCCCCGGGGCUGUUCCUGCUGCGCCGCAGCCCCCAGGACUUUGACAGUUACCUGCUGACCGUGUGCGUGCAGACCCGCUCCGGCCGGGAUUACAAACGCUGCCGGAUCCGCCGGGACGAGGACGGGCACUGGUGGCUGUCGGGGGUGGCGCGGAGGUUCUGCAGCCUGCGGGAGCUGCUGGGCACCUACGGGCACCGCGGGCUGCGCGAGGGGGCACCCAUGCGCCUGGAGGUGGCCUGUCCCCCCCGGGCCAAAGAGAAGUCCAACCUGCUGAUCGUCCGCAGCGGGGUCCCCUGUCCCCCCGGGUCCCCUCCCGUGUCCCGGCGCCACAGCCUCCAGCAGAUGAUGUUCCACAAGAUCGACCCCCAGAGCCUGACAUGGGGCGAGAGCCUGGGCCAGGGCUCCUUCACCCAGAUCUACAAAGGCAUCAAACAGGACCAGGACGAGGAGGAUGGAGCCCGGCAGACCCCGGUGGUGCUCAAGGUCAUGGACAGCAGCCACCGCAACUGCCUGGAGUCCUUCCUGGAGGCCGCCAGCACCAUGAGCCAGCUCUCCCACAAACACCUGGUGCUGCUGCACGGCGUCAGCCUCGGCAAGGACAGUGUGAUGGUGCAGGAGCACGUCCGGCACGGGCCCCUGGACCUGUACCUGCAAAAGAACCGGGGCACGGUGACCACCGGAUGGAAGCUCACGGUGGCCAAGCAGUUGGCCUAUGCGCUCAACUGCCUGGAGGACAAGAAGAUCCCACAUGGGAACGUCUCUGCCAAGAAAGUGCUGCUGGCACGGGAGGGGGACACGGCCAGGGGGAGCCCCCCCUUCAUCAAACUCAACGACCCCGGGGUCAGCGUCACCGUCCUGGCCCGGGACAUGCUGGUGGAGAGGAUCCCAUGGGUGGCCCCCGAGUGUGUCAGCAACCCCGGGAGCCUGGCACUGCCAGCUGACAAGUGGGGCUUUGGAGCCACCCUCUGGGAGAUCUUCAGUGGGGGGAACAUGCCCCUGAGCCUGCUGGAGCCCCAGAGGAAGCUGGAGUUCUACCAGAGCCAGCAGCAGCUGCCAGCCCCGCGGUGGCCCGAGCUGGCUGCGCUGGUGUCCCAGUGCAUGGAGUACGAGCCCCAGCGCCGGCCCUGCUUCCGCGCCCUCAUCCGCGACCUCAACAGCCUCAUCACCUCCGACUACGAGCUGCUCUCGGACCUGUCCCCCGCGGAUGUGACGCUCCGGGAUGGCUUCUGGGGACACGAGUCCCUGGCCAUGAGCCAGGAUCCCGAGCAGUUCCAGGAGAGGCACCUCAAGUACAUCUCGCUGCUGGGCAAGGGGAAUUUCGGGAGCGUGGAGCUGUGCCGCUACGACCCCCUGGGUGACAGCACGGGCGAGCUGGUGGCGGUGAAGAGGCUGCAGCAGGAUUCGGCCAAGGAAAUUCGGGAUUUCGAGCGGGAGAUCCAAAUCCUGCACUCGCUGCAGCACGACUUCAUCGUCCGGUACCGGGGUGUCUGCUACAGCCGGGGGAUGCGCGGGCUGCGGCUGGUGAUGGAAUUCCUGCCCAACGGCUGCCUGCGGGAUUUCCUGCAGAAGAACCAGCCCCGCCUGGAGCACAGGACGCUGCUCCUUUACGCCUGGCAGAUCUGCAAGGGCAUGGAGUACCUGGGGGCGCGGCGCUGCGUGCACCGGGACCUGGCGAGCAGGAACAUCCUGGUGGAGAGCGACAGCCACGUCAAGAUCGGCGACUUCGGGCUGGCCAAGCUGCUGCCGCAGGACAAGGAUUACUACGUGGUGCGGGAGCCCGGCCAGAGCCCCGUUUUCUGGUACGCUCCGGAAUCCCUGGCUGACAACAUCUUCUCCUGUGCCUCCGACGCCUGGAGCUUCGGGGUGCUCCUCUACGAGCUCUUCACCUACAGCUCCAAGAGCAAGAGCCCCUCGGAGGAAUUCCUGCGCAUGAUGGGCACCGCGAGGCCGCCGCAGAUCAUCUGCCACCUGCUGGAGCUCCUCAAGGACAACCGGCGACUCCCGGCCCCCGCCGGCUGUCCCUCGGAGGUGUACGCGCUGAUGAUGAGCUGCUGGGCCUUCACCCCUGGUGCCAGACCCACUUUUGGGGAGCUUUCCCCCAAAAUCGAGGCGCUGCGGGAUGGGCGGAGCAAAACGCGGGGGUAGAGCCCCCCCAGAAUGGACCCCCAAUCCAUGGU